GUAUGUUCAGCUUUUCAGGUUUAAGAAGCGUGAACUCCGGGUUCUGUUGGAUACAGGGCGGAGUCUGGCGCUGAUCCUUGCUACCUCGCCUCCUCUAAUUGGUUCUCCGAUCCUUCUCCAGGUCCUGUCCGGGGACCAGGGCAGCGGAGCUAGCGGAACCCAGGUUCUAAUGAGCGGAACAUAGCCCAGUCUUCCGCCGGUCCACUCCACUGUGACACAGAAUUAUUGCAUGUGCGUAAAAUCAAAGUUUAAUGCUUUAGUUUGCAGAAAAGAAGCCUAAAAAUUGGACAGAAGAGCCGGGCUCAAGCGUAGAGGAGCGUGUAGUGAGUUAAUCAUUAACGGAUAUAUUUGUGAAUAAUCCUGAUUACAGGGAACAUGAUGCACCCUAUACCCUUCACGGGUUAUCCUUUUCAAGGCCAGGGCCGUGUCAAUCAGCUUGGAGGCGUAUUUAUUAAUGGAAGACCUCUUCCAAACCAUAUAAGGUUGAAGAUUAUAGAGAUGGCGGCUGCAGGGAUCCGUCCUUGUGUUAUAAGUCGUCAGCUUAGGGUCAGUCAUGGAUGUGUGAGCAAAAUAUUAAACAGGUACCAGGAGACUGGGAGUAUCCGUCCUGGAGUCCUUGGUGGGAGUAAACCUAAACUUGCAACUCCUGAGAUAGAACUUAAGAUAGAGAAUUAUAAGAAGGAGAAUCCAGGAGUAUUUAGUUGGGAGAUUAGAGAUAGUAAAGCCGGAAGGUUCUGAGGACGGGUCAGAUAUGGAGGCUGAACCUGGAAUUCCCUUGAAGCGUAAACAGAGAAGAUCGAGGACAACCUUCACCGCUUACCAGUUGGACGAGCUGGAGAAGGCGUUUGAGAGAACCCAGUAUCCGGAUAUAUAUACAAGGGAGGAGCUUAGCCAAAGAACUAAACUUAGUGAGGCCAGAAUACAGGUUUGGUUUUCCAACCGUCGAGCUCGGUUGAGAAAGACUGCUCAGACUUGCUCCUCUCCCGGAUACAAUCCUUUAUCCUUGUCCAUGCCGUACACUCCGUCCUACAUGCAGCAGAGUAUCAUGGAGAACCAGGAGAGCUCACACCUCUACAACUCCGCUAUGCAAGGGUUGUCGAGCUAUGCUAAUAAUAUCAUGGGGCAUACAAUGAACCAGUACGCAGCACAGUCCUCGCUACUUACUACACAGUUAUCUCCUGUGAAUAACAAUGUGAGCAAGAACAUGUUCCCAAGUAACAACGGUGGAGCACCGUCUAGCUCUCCUCCUCCUGUCUCCCAUCUAAACUCCCAGAUGAACCCGACAGGGUUCUCUCAAUCCAGUACUCCCAUCUCUCAUUCAUCCUUCUCCUCUCCACCUUCAUCAUUCUCUAGGCAACAAUUCCCCAGUGCUGGCAUGUACGGUUGGUACUAGAUUGUACAUUAAAAGCUAGUACUAUAUUGUUCAUUUAGGGUUGGUACUAGAUUAAACAUGCACGAUUGGUACUAGCUUGGACAUGUACGGUUGGCACUAGAUUGUACAUGUACGGUUGGUACUAGCUUGAACAUGUACGGUUGGUACUAGCUUGAACAUGUACGGUUGGUACUAGCUUGAACAUGUACGGUUGGUACUUCUAUUGUACAUGUACAGUUGUUACUAGCUUGAAUAAGUACGGUUGGUAUUAGCUUGAACACGUACGGUUGGUACUUCGAUUGUACAUGUAAAUUUGGUACUAGCUUGAAUAAGUACGGUUGAUACUAGCAUGUACAUGUACGGUUGGUACUUCGAAUGUACAUGUACAGUUGGUACUAGCUUGAAUAAGUACGGUUGAUACUAGCUUGUACAUGUACGGUUGUUACUAGAUUGUACAUUUACGGUUGGUACUAUAUUGUACAUGUACGGUUGGUACUUCGAUUGUACAUGUACAGUUGGUACUAGCUUGUAUAUGUACGGAACCUGUUGGUGCUUAGCUUAAUGUACAGUUCAGCAAAAGUUUACCAGUGACUGAAUAAAAGGCACUUAAUUAUUUUAUUACCAUGUAACGGGAGACUUUAGGGUUUUUGAUUCAUUCUUAGUUUGAAAACAAUUAUAUUUUGUUGUACAUUAUCUGUACAGUGUUUCUACUUUUUCUUAUUUCCUGUACAUAUCUUUAAUCUUAGCUUAAUAGAUUCAUCUUCAGUUUUCUCAGAUUGCUCUGUACAUGUACAGUUUCCUGUAUACUGUACAGUACAUUCUGAUGGAAGAUCUGAUUUAACAAUAUUAGUGUUGUACAUGUUAUUCAUCAAUCACUGUACAUGUGAUUCAUCAAUCACUGUACAUGUGAUUCAUCAAUCACUGUACAUGUGAUUCAUCAAACACUGUACAUGUGAUUCAUCAAUCACUGUACAGUGUACAUGUGAUUCAUCUUUCACUGUACAUGUGUUUCAUCUAUCACUGUACAUGUGAUUCAUCAAUCAAUGUACAUGUGAUUUAUCUAUCACUGUACACUAAGCGGCUUUCUAACAAAAUAGUCAUAAGCUGUGAUUUAUAUUGAAAUUACAUAAAGCAAUAAUUUUGAAUUUAUGUUUUUAUUUUUUAACAUUUUUUGUUGUUUUUGACAUUAUCAGGGUGGAUUAGU